CCAGGGGCCCGACCGCCUUCCCGCACUCUGCGUUCGCAGGGAGAGUCCUGCCUCCGCCGCCCCGCACCUGGCCUGUCACCGGGAGGAGGGAAGCAUCUGGAUAGGGGGUGGCCGAGCCCUGGCUGCGCUCCCGAGCACCCACCCCCUCGUCCCCGCGGCUCCUGCCCCUCCACCCCCAGCUUCCGCGUGAGAAGCAGGUUCUGUUGUUCGGCUGGGAGAGCACGCGGGGCGUCUUUGUCCCCACAUGGGAACAGAGGCCCCGCGCACUGCGGACGCCUCCGCGCCUCCGUUGUUUGCUAAAUGCCAGCAGCUGCUCGCGGCGGAGCGGGAAGCUGCCGUGACUCAGGCAGCGGUGCCCACGCCCCGCGGCUCCGAGGCCGGGCCGCCCGUGGGCUGGAGUGGGCGGCCCAUCGGGACCCAGCCUGGCCCUGCUGACAGCACACCUGCCCCUGGUGCCCGAGGGGGCGGCCACCCUGCCCUGGAGCUGGAGGGACCGCCGUCUCCUCGCUGGCCUCCGUGGACUGCCGUGAGGCCACAGCCCUGGUGCGGGCGCCCGGCGCUGCGGCAGAAGCGUUGACAAGGAGGAUUAACUCUGAGACCAGAGCAGGGACUGCGAGCAGCUCCUCUCUGCCAACAGCCCGGCCUCUGCUGGAGAGGAGGCCACAGAAACACGAACCGAAGCCCACGUGGUUCCGGUGGCCGAACGUCCAUCUCCUCCCGUCACAGACACUCGCCGAGUGCCCACUGCCACGGCCGGGCACACAGUCCAGGGGCCGGGGUGCCCGGUGAAACAGAGCCAGCCCCAGCCAGCCCUUGCAGCUUCGACUCCGACCAGGUGAAGGGUGUCGGCGUGGGAUCCAGUGAACGCCCAGGUCGCCGCCAGCCGAGACGAAUCUCCGAGGGCCUGGACGCACGCGGAGGAGGGGAACCGGCGGCGAGUGACGCGCACUGAUAAGGGAGCUGCUGACCGCCCGGCGGAGGAAGCGACAGAGCGAGGCCCCCCACUGAGUGACCCUGGUUUUCCAGCACGCACCUGGCAAGUGGGGUGCAGACUCGCACAGGUGAACGGCCGGCCCCACUGCAUCGCCAGAGCCGCGGACGGCGGGACCCACGACGGACACGCCCCUUGCUGACUCCUCAUAACCCUGAGUGACAAGUGGGGGUCACGAAAAGGGACAGCACCCGGGGGGUGGCUCUUCACGGAAGAGGGAGCUAAAGUGCAGGCCCUGAAGUGUGAGGUCCCUGUCUCCGAUCUGCGGGUGCCGGGGGCACCCAGGUGGCGGAGUGCAGACUGGCAUGUAGAGAGAGGGCGCGCCCUGGCGUGUCCCGUGCUCCUGAAACCCGGCUCUGCAGAGAGGCAGCCGCCACACGCCCAGCGGGGCCGGCUGCAGGGCUGCCCUGGGGGCCGACCGAGGCAGCGCGACCCGGCCUGGGGACCAAGCACUGCGACCUCAGCACGUGGCUAGCCAAGGGUGACGCCGGCAGGUUCCCUGGGUUCUCGGAGAGGCACCUGGGGCUGGCGCACUCUCUUCUCGGGAGAGGAGGCGGGAAGGGCGCCAGGGGCGCGGCGUGUGAACAGAACCCAGAGUGGACCCAGAAGCAAAAUCUGAUCCCCUGCCACGGCCCGAGGCCACAGAGGACCCUUCGACCUUGAGCAGCCCGAAGUCAUGGUGGGCUCCUGAGGGGAGGGUGGCGCUGCCAUGGAGAAUCCGGUGGCCCCCUGUGUCCUCUUCCCGGGGGGCGACGGCGGCCCCGAGCCCCGGGGCCUCUUGGCCCAGGGGGUGUGUGGCCAGGCUGGGGGCAGCGGCGCGCCCGAGGCUCCGGGAGAGGGCAGCCUGCAGCUGCCGGAUGCAGCCGCGGGGGGGGGCGCUGUGUCCCCGGCGCAGUCACCCUGCAGCCUCAGCGCGUCCCUGUGCUUCAGCUCCGGGGACGAGUCCCCGCCGCAGUCCCGCGCCUCCGCCCCGGAGGGCGCAGCGGCCUCCCCGCCCUCCUGUCGCAGUGGCCAGCGGGUGGUGGAGAGGCAGUGGGAAGUCAGCAGCUCCGGCGCCCUGUCGCCCGAGGACUCCGAGGAGACCGCGUUCCCGGAAGAGCCCGCGUCCCCGGAGGAGCCCGCGUCCUGGGAGGAGCCCGAGGACCCCGCGCCCGUGCCCCCCGGCGUCGGGCCCGCGCACGGGGAGCCGGACCUGGUCAUCGAGGUGUCGGGCCGCCGGCUGCGGGCACAUAAGGCUGUGCUGGCGGCGCGCAGCGACUACUUCCGUGCGCGCGCGUCGCGGGACGUGCUGCGGGUGACCGGCGUGGGCUGGGCGGCGCUGCGGCUGCUGCUGGCCUACGCGUACAGCGGGCGCAUGGCGGGCGUGCGCCCCGACAACGUGGCCGAGGUGGUGGCGGGCGCGCGCCGCCUGCAGCUGCCCUGCGCCGCGCAGCGCGCGACCGAGGCCGUGGCGCCGCAGCUGAGUCUCGCCAACUGCCUGGAGGUGCUGAGCGCGGCCAAGAGGCAGCGGCUGACGGAGCUCCGCGACGCCGCCUACCGCUUCAUGAGCGACCACUACCUGGAGGUGCUGCGCGAGCCCGCGGUGUUUGGGCGCCUCUCCGGGGCCGAGCGCGACCUGCUGCUGCGCCGCCGCCUGCGCGCCGGCCGGGCCCACCUGCUGGCUGCCGCGCUCGGGACCGCCGGGGAGCGCGCCGGCAGCCGGCCGCAGAGCCCGUCGGGGGACGCGGAGGGCCGCGGGGACGCCGCCGUGUACUGCUGGCAGGAGGAGGCCGGCGAGUGGCGCGAGCUGACGCGGCUGCCGGAGGGCGCGCCCGCGCGGGGCUGCGGCCUGUGCGUGCUCUACAACUACCUCUUCGUGGCCGGCGGCGUGGCGCCCGCGGGCCCCGACGGCCGCGCGCGCCCCUCGGACCAGGUCUUCUGCUACAACCCGGCCACGGACCGCUGGAGCACCGUGCGGCCGCUGCGCCAGGCGCGCUCUCAGCUGCAGCUGCUGGCCCUGGACGGCCACCUGUACGCCGUGGGCGGCGAGUGCCUGCUCAGCGUGGAGCGCUACGACCCGCGCGCCGACCGCUGGGCCGCCGUGGCCCCGCUGCCGCGGGGGGCCUUCGCCGUGGCGCACGAGGCCGCCACCUGCAACGGGGAGAUCUACGUGUCCGGGGGCUCGCUCUUCUACCGCCUGCUCAAGUACGACCCGCGGCGCGACGAGUGGCAGGAGUGCCCGUGCAGCAGCAGCCGCGAGCGCUCGGCGGACAUGGUGGCGCUGGACGGCUUCAUCUACCGCUUCGACCUGUGCGGGGGCCGCAGCGACGCGCAGGCCGCGGGACAAGCCGGCGGGGUCAGCGUGCUGCGCUACCACUGCCUGGCCAAGCAGUGGAGCCGCUGCGCCUCGCACCUGCGGCCCCCGGGCGCACCGUCAGGCCUGCAGCCCUUCCGCUGCGCGGCGCUGGGCGACCGCAUCUACUGCGUGAGCCGCGCCGGCACCUGGCGCUUCGUGCCUCCGCGGGACCGCGAGCCCGGCGCGGAGGAGGCUGCGGGAGGCAGCUUCGAGGCCGAGGCGCUGGGCGCCCCCCUGGAUGUCCGUGGCGCGCUCUUUCCCUUCGUGCUCAACCUGCCGGAGAAGCCAGACAGAGGCGAGGAGGGCCCCGAUUAGGGCGAGCCGGGGUGCCCCGGGCGUCUUCUCUGGCGGCCCCGGGACGGGGAAGGCCUCCUGGGAGCGGAGGACGGGGAGGACGCCAGGGAGCAGAAACCAGAGUGCAGAGCGUCCGGACUGGGAAGGGGCGGAGGGAGCGGUGGAGGGGAGGGGAGAGGGCGGGGCGGGCUGAGGGCCACCGGGUCCUUUGAGGCUUUGAGGUGAGAAGCGCGUGGCGGGGCCUCCCAGACUGUUCGCGGCGCUGGCGGAAGAACCGCUUCUCGACCUCGCGUGUUCCUUUUCGCUUCGCUUUGCUUGUCGGGUAGAUGGUGUGAGACGGGGGAUGCAAGGGGACAGGUACCCUGGGGAGGGGUGACCAAAAGAAGCAGCCUCAGGGCGGGCCGGCGGGCCCACGGUGCAUCCAGGAGUGGAGUGGAGUGGGCAGGCGGCCAGGUGGAGCCCUGCGGGGCCGCGGAGCUCACCGGCCGUCAGCAGGCCGGGCGGAGCUGGUGCGGCAAGGGGGCCUAGGUGAGCCCCAUCAGCGACCACGGGGACCCGCGCAUGUUCUGGCUGGAGGGUGGACAUGAAGCAGAGCCCUCCCACCGCCGCAAGAGGAGGGUCCUGCCACCGCGGGCUCGGGCUUUGGUUGGCUCAACUCCAAAUGCACACGCAUUCGAGGUAAAAACCUUUGGUGACCGACUCGAGCUCUCGUCCAGUAAGCAGCGGCCGCACGUUCUCUGCCGCCCGCUGGUCGCAGGUGGGGGCGGCCCCACCCACGCCCCAAAAGGCUCCAGCUCGCUGUCGACUCAGGCGGGUGUCACGUGUUCGAGUUAAGGCAUGUUAAUAAUUACACCCCGUGGUGGAGUGACGACGGACUGUUACUUGGAUUGCAAAUCUUUGGAGGCUGAAUGUUUCCCAAGAGCAUAUCUGGGCGAGGAAACGCUGGCGGCAGCCAAGGUGCUGGCCUGUUUUAACCGUUGGCAGGCAGAGAAGAGGCUCAUCACUUGCACACUUUAUAACGGACUCAAGGAGGGAAGUACUCCCCCCGCCCCAAGGAAGGUUAAACUCACCGCUGCUGACGGAGCUGAAGGCAAGCUCCCUGUGAACCCUCCACCUCUGCUGUGGUCAGCAAGCAUCGUGGGAUUCUGGUGAGGGCAGCGGAUCUUAUACAAUACCCUUCUAAGAGCACGUGGCAGAGUGACAUGGGGAUCUAAGGGGACAGAGCAGGCAUGCAUGAUGCGGUUCGUCCGGUCAACACUGUGUGUUCCCGGCUGUGAGUUCCGAAGUGCCAUCACAGAGUCAGCACGGAACUACUUUGACGGGCACAAGGGCUAACCACAACCAGCUCGACCCCUUUGUUCUAACGCUGUACAUUGCCAAUGCGGACCCACGGGGCUUACUGACUAUUCAGAGUUCAAGGACAACAUGCGUGCUCACCUGGAUUCUGUGCCCAGUCACGUUCUGCUGGCACUGGGCAUCACGCGGUGGCAGUUCCCGGGGCGAGACCGGGCGGCGUCACACGGAGCUUCGUGUCUCUCACUGGUCCGUGCCGCGAAGGGGGGACCCUGCGGCUGCGGGCAGCUGGGGACCGGGCUGUGCCCCGGACAAGGCGUCUGCGGUCCUGAGAGUCCCCGUGACUCACGUUUGCAAGUGACCAGCUCGAGCUUGAUGCCCGGGCCGGAGGGACGCAGUCCCUCACAGUUUCGGUGGGAGUUCAGGGGACUCGGAUGCUGCUGGCUCGUGACCCGAGGAGGAGAUGGCUCAGCAAAUGGGCUCCUCGUCUUAGGAACGGAACGGGCCUCCUGUCGCAGGAGAGGGGGAGUCCUGGUGGGAGGAGGACUCGGAGCCCAAGGAAACAAAUCACGUUCUUUUAAAGUAAGUGUGUGUUCCGUGUCGCAGUGCACGUGUCUGCAGACUCUUAUGAUCUGGGCCGAAGUGUUCAGAGGACGCGGAACCGGGCUGACCUUUUCAUUGCCUGAGUGUCAGGCGUGAACUGGUGUCACUGUGAUUGCACCUGGGGAAUCGUUCCCGUGGUGGUUACCAUUUCGGACAAAGUGCUGGAUGUCGGGUGUGGGCGGCCACACCUGUCUCGACACACACGGACACCUGGCGGGGCGGGGACAGGACGUGGAAUGUUCUGUGUCACACGUCUGCAUAGGAUGUCACACCCAACGCUGGAGGACCCGGCAGGCCACGGGGACCAGUUUGUUCCGCUCUGCGGGCCAGCUCGGGGAGAAGCCACGGGGUUGGCACCGAUUUACACGGACGGGAGAGCGGCCGGAGCAGGACUGCAGACUGGACAGGCUGGGUGGGGGAGGGGCCUGGGCACCGCGGUUCCGCGGAAGGACGUUCCACGCUCUGUGUGGUGCUCUCAGUCCGCACCGGACACUGCGCUGGGACACGGUUGGUGCAAAGCGGUCUCCACCUGGGAUCCGCCGUGGAGCGAAGCGGAUGCACUCAGGACAGCUGCCCCAGCCCUCAGGCAAGGGGACACGGGGGCGCAGGAGGGCUUGGUCUCUGGGUCCGAGGACCAGCGGUGACUCUUCUGUGGUCCACCGAGGUUCUCGUGGAACCCAAGGGGAUGGCGGGAGUGCCUUCAGUUUCUGUCGAACGGCCCCCGUGCUGUGUCUGGAACUUGGUGAUUUUACUUCUGAGUUUCUUUUCCUUCAGGAGAACCAACGCUGUGGAAAUCCUUUGGCUACUUAGUUGCAACGGUCACCUGUAUCAGCUUGGUUACAAAUGCCUGAGAAAACAACCAUCUGGUCCUUUGCCCGCUCGCUUUGCUGUCAGCGCUGGUAGUUCUGGGGGCGGCAGGUUGCGGGCGGGUCUCCUGGGUGACUUCCUCUGAGAGCGUUUGAAAGGGAAUGCUCUUUGGGUGCCCCCUCUCCCUGGGGCCGGGAGCCUUCCAGCCUCUUUGUGGUAACACCUCCGCGGGGGAAUGUCCACGGAAGCGCUCCUUGGUGUUCGGUCUUAUUUCAGGUGCCUUCCUCGCUUACUAUGGAACGUUUUAUUUUUGCAUUGAAAAGUGGAUGUUCCUCUCCCCUCCCCUCUGCAUUAUUGCUGUGCUCGAGAGAGGACCAGCGCUCAGAAGGGGUUGCGUGCGCACGCCUGUCUGCUGCGUCUGAAUUUCUGUCGGGGGCUGCGUCCUCUCCACACCCGACCCCAAGGCGGUGCCUGCACCACACGCGACCCCAGCCCCCCGGCGCCGCCCUGGCAACCGGGCGCUUUCCUGCGGCCGAGGGACUCCUUUGAAGGGACGCCGAGCGGAAGGCGCGCUGCGCACUGAGGCCCGCUCACCGUGCGGUGUGGCCGCGUAGGAGACUGACCGGCCCGUUCAGGGCCCCGCUCCGGCUGCCCCUGCUGCCUGCGCAGGCCACGUGCUGACCCCCGUCCCAGGCUGUAAAUCGUGUGUGUCCGUUUCCCCCGUGGUGAAUAAAUCGUUGGAAAAUGCCA